AUGCUCUUGGAAGAUUGUGUAAAGGAUUGUAUGUAUUUUGAUAAGAAAAUUGAUUCUACAUUCCAGUCAGUGAAAAAAAUGAAUAAAGAAGCUGUUUCACAAUCAGGGAAAGAAACAAAUGAAA